AUGUCAAAAAAUGGUGAUGAUCAAAUGUAUGAAUAUGAUUUAGAUAUUUCUCCUGAUGAUAUAUUGAAAUCUAAUCCAUAUAAUAAUGAAACACCCCCACCCCCUCCUACGUCAAAUGAGUAUCAAGGAUUACCAAAUAUGAAUGUAAAUACCUUAUAUUCAUCAAAUUAUCCGAACCCGAAUAAUCAAAUACCUUCAAUAACUAAUACAAAUCAAGAUGAACAAUUACAAUCUCAAAGAUUAAAUACUAACUUUGGAAAUGACAUGAACUUCUUGAAUCCUCGAAUGAAUAUUUCUUCAAUUAACACCAAUUUGAUGGAUAAUUCAAAUAACAUGUAUUUAAACCCUCAUUCACCAGCAAAUUCAACCCAUUCAUUAUAUUCAGAUUAUUCAUCCCAACCAAAUUCUCCAUUCUAUGAUGCUUUAUCCAAUGUUUCAGUAAAUCAGUUGUCAGAAGUUGAUAUGAAUUUAACUAAUCAAAAUAUGUAUUUGGAUUCUAAUUUCGAUAAUGAAAUUGCUUUAGGAGGUUCAAUAUCUUCAACUAAUUUAGUUAAUAUGAAUCAGAACCAGAAUCAAAAUCAACAAAUGAAUUCAAAUAGUAAUUCUAAUGAAAAUUUGAACGUAAAUUCUACUAAUUUACAAUAUAAUGGAGAUUUGUAUCAAUAUUAUGAUAAUCAUCAAUUAGAUGAAUUGAAAAAUAUUAAUAAUCAACCACCUACUAUCAUAUUUCCAAAAGACGAAAUCAACAGAACACCUUCAUUAUUUAGUAAUUCAUCCCAUAAUUCCUCAGUAAAUGAUGAUGACGAAGAUGAUAAUUUACUUAAUCCUUCGUCAAGAGGAAGAUCAUCAAAAAAUCCCAAAUCAUUGGGAGGUUCUACAUCCAGAUCAGGUUCAAGAUCAAGGUCGAGAUCAAGAUCAGUCAAUUCUUUUGAUGAUGAUGAUGAAAAUCAACCUAAAAAUGUUAUAUCUACAAGAGAGAAAAUGUUAGAAUUGGCAUCACCAAAUCAAAUAUCCAAAAGAACUCAAAAACAUCCAUCAGCUUACGCCUGUCAUUUAUGUGAUAAAAGAUUUACCAGACCUUAUAAUUUGAAAUCUCAUUUAAGAACUCAUACUGAUGAAAGACCGUUCAUUUGUAAUAUCUGUGGUAAAGCUUUUGCCAGACAACACGAUAGGAAACGUCAUGAAGAUUUACAUUCAGGAGAAAAGAAGUUCCAAUGUAAAGGUAACUUAAAAGACGGUACACCUUAUGGAUGUGGAAGAAGGUUUGCUAGAGCUGAUGCUUUAAGGCGACAUUUCCAAACUGAAGCAGGUAAAGAAUGUAUAAGAUUGUUGAUUGAGGAGGAAGAAAGAGAAAAACAGGGACACUUAUUAAGUCCAACAAACGUACCUCAUGUUGCAAUUUCUCCUCCUGAACCUUAA